UUCGGAACGAAAAAUAUUUCAAAUAAUUAAUAAACUUGUAAAUAUGUACGAAAGAAUUUCAACAAAGUCGGGCAUUCAACAAAUCCUGGGACGAACAUUUAAGAUACAGGACUGCUGAUUUGUUUAUCAGGCAUUUACCUUUGGUUAAGCACAAUAUAUAUAUUGGAUUGUUGCUUCAUUGGCUUUCUGGUCAUCAGACAAAUGUACAUUGGAAUGGCUAUACAUUUAGAGCGGAUGAUUGAAAGGAUGAGCAGAAUUGAAUCGGAAGAGCUACAUAACCGUCUAAGUAAACAUCAACGUAUGAAAGAAUUGUGUAUGUAUUCGGAAAGCAUCGACGACAGCAACAAUAUUUAUACGAGUUUAUAUGAAUUGACCAAACAGUUUGAACACAUUUUCCGCUGGCAAGUGCUUUACUACAUUUACUACAACUUUGUGAUCAUACUGAUGCUUAUGCAUCGCUUUAUAUGGCGAUAUUUCGAUUGGGGUUUGGUGGAUAUUAUGGCGUUUUUCUCAUCGGUUUUUAAGAUUUGCAACUUGGCUUUCUUAAUAUUUAGUACUGACGGUGUAGUGCAGAAAUCCCAGCUGCCCGAUUUGCUCAAUUUAGAUCUGGUCUGUUCAGAUAUCGAUGCGCGUUGGGAUGAAAGCGUUGAGACGUUCAUAUGCCAACGCAAGGUGGAAAAUCUCGAAAUUAAGGUGUUGGGAUUCUUUCACCUCAACAAUGAGUUCAUCUUAGUCAUAUUAUCGGCCAUUAUGUCUUACCUCUUUAUACUAAUUCAGUUUGGUUUGACAAAGCAAUAAUGAAAGACUGCGCAUGCGUGUCCGCAACACAUUGAAAGACCGUCAAAAUUAUAAAAGUAAUUGGUACGCUGCGAAGAGCGAGGAAUUUCGACGUUGUCACUAAAUUUUAGUUCGAAAUUUUUGUUGCAAAUACAAUUCAUAGAAGAAAAACAACAACAACAAAAAUUCCCAAAAUCUUGUAAUUAUCUUUUGUGCCAAACUGAAUAAUUUGUGUGACUAUAAUGCUGGAAUUUAAGCACAAUAGGUAUUAAAUGCCACGAAAGUUGGAGCACAAAUUGAAGCUGUGACCGACGCUGACGCUGAUGCUGAUUACGACACGCACCAGAGCGUAACGCACUUGUCACGCCUAUUAUUUGAAAAUGAACUCAACGUACUGUGACCUUUGCGUUGAUCCGCGCCGGCGAUAAACGCGCAAAAAUUGUCCCUUACACACGACUAUAUACCUACAUCUAUGUACGUAAGUGCAUACGCAUUUGAUUGUACGAGUGUGUGUGUAUGUGUAUCAAGUUUGUAUAUUUACAUGUGAAUUUUCGUAUAGACUACAAAGAAGUAAUGAAUGUACAUACAUACAUAUGUGUGUGUGCAUUGUAGCCAAUGUUAUUGCUUUUACGAAGACUCAUUGUUUGUUGUUGUUGCGCAUCUUAUUAAUGUUGGCAGUCACAGCGCCUCUGGCGCAUGCCUGUAAUGAUAAUAAAAACGUUAGGAGGGGAGGUCAACGUAGGACGGGCACAUCCGCAAAACUCCGUCGUAAACAGUAAAAAAACAACAACAAUAACGAAAAGCACUAAAAUGAAACAAUGCACCGAAUUAAUUUCUAUAUCGCUGCGCUCGGCUGAUUUAACUUUAACCGUAGAAACAGAUUCAAUAUUCUUCGCGAAAGAAAACAAUAACAAACCGUAAAUUACAGAGGAGUCCGCUAGCUACGCUGAUUACUGGAAAAAAGCACAAACCAAAAAAAAAUAAAUAAAAACACAGAAACAGGAAAGGAAUUUACAUAUGAGUAGAGACACAUCUACAUACGUUUAUGACCUGAACCUAAAACAAAUAUACCUUGAUUCAAACGUACAACAUCCGGCUGCGCGCCGGAGCGAAGCAGUGCAAAUCACAACGUUAAUUGUCUGUCAGGAGCGCCUCAGCGAGUGCGUGGGUCGUACUUAAUCAGACAUUGCCAAAAAAAAAAGAUCCAUAUCCAUCCAACAACUUGGACAAGCAUGGCGGUCACUGCUACAAGGCAUCAGUCAUCGGCAGUCAACGGUGAGCAGCCACCAACCAUCAGCCAUUGACCCAUCGCUCCGGGUGUGUGGAAGUGCUGAAGGCUCCAAUUAAUUAUCGCAUUUAUAAAAAGGAAAAUAAUCAAAAUUUGAGGAAUUUGUUUUCCACAAAGCGUCGUCUGCACUCAAUAUACAUUACGUUGUAAAUACACACAAACACACUUAGUAAAUAAAUUACUCACCCAAACAUACAUACAUAUGUAAGUGGUCAUGCGCUUGCACUCAUAGAUAUUGCACUCGGAGCGGAGGCUUGUGUGCCGCUGCAGUCAUAGCUUUUAAGAUGCUUAACAAAUAUUUAGAGAUCUAAACAUUAAAGACACCGCGCUUCUUGCUGCGUAGCUAAAGUCGCUAGCAUUCUCGUUCACAAUCAAGCAAAGCUGAUAGUUUCACAGAUUAUUUGAGUUAAGUGGGAAGUAAGGCGCGGGGAUGAAGGUGUUCACUUUAUAAUUCAACUCAUUGUCAUUUGUAUUAAGUCAACAAUGCAGGCAUACUUAUCAUAUACAGUCAAACCUGAGUAAGAGAGAAGUGGGUAAGCGAGAAAACUCUAAAAAUAAUUCUCAGGUCCCGGAUUUUGACUUCCCAAAAACCUCUAUGAGUGGGAAACAAAAACCUACAUAAGUGACACUAAUUUUUACUACUCUGACCUCUAUGACUUAGAGCCUCUUUUGUAUUUACCUCUAUAAGCGACAAUUUUCCUGUGGAUGACUCAUUCUUUUUUUUUCAGGAAUCAGCAACUAUGUUGUAAUAUCUAAUAUUAUAUAAGUAUAUAUAAUUUUGUAAUUCAAAGGAAUAAUAUUUAACUGUAUUAACUUAUUUGUCAUGCUCACUGCAGUUCAUAAAUAUCAUGUGCAACGAAUAGUACACUAUACUCUUACAACAACAAUGUCUAAACAAAAAAUCAGCCUGAGUCGGAAAAAUCAAGGUGUGAAAUACGAAGUGAAUUUGGAUAACCAGAUUCUACUUAUUACGAUUAUUAUAAUUGACAAACCUCUUCUGUACCCCUAUAAGCUAGAAACUCGCAUUAGAUAGUUUAAGUGAGAGCAUUAGUGAGAAACCUCUAUAAGCGAGACAAAAAUCAUGGUCCCUUAUUCUCUUUAUUAACCAGGUUUGACUGUAUGUAUAUUUAAGUUCUCACAUGUACAUAUGUAUAAACUCGUACAUAUAAUAUUUACAUACAUAUACAAAUUUC